GGGACCAAGAAACACGACAUAAAAUUCAUCACAACUUCUUCAUCAAAAUCACCUACACCUUUCGUCUUGUAUCCGAUCAAAAUAUUCCCAAUCUAUAAUAUCCCAAUAUUAUAUUUCAUUUUAUUUGUCUUCAUAUCUGUUUUUUUCACACACCCAUAUCAAAAUCUUUAGAUAACGACACCCCAUCCGUGAAUAUCCCCUGUUUUUUAGUUACUUCUUUACUCUUCUUCCACAAUUCCUUUUUUUCUUAACUUAAAAGCCAUUAUUCCUCAUCCCUUAAAAGGGUCAACUCUGAAUAAUAAUAAUUAAGUUUAACAAUUAUUAUGAGUUUGAUCAUGUUGAUGACAUUUCAAGCAUUUGUGAUUCUGGGUUUGAUCUGUUCUGGUGUUGUUGGUAAAGAAUGUACCAACACUCCAACAGAGCUUUCGUCGCAUACGUUUCGAUACGAUUACCUUAAUUCACACAACAAAAACCAUUUGUUGUUGUCUCAUGACAAUUAUUAUAAUCAUUUGACUCCUACUGAUGAUGCUGCUUGGGCUAGUUUGUUGCCCAGAAAGGUGUUGAAGGAGGAUGAAGUUGGGUGGAUGAUGAUGUAUAGGCAGAUGAAGAAUCAAGUGGGGAGGGGUAAGGUUAGUGGGAGUUUUUUGAGUGAGGUUUCUUUGGGUGAUGUGAGAUUGGACCCUGAGUCAACUCAUGGUCAAGCUCAACAGACCAAUUUGGAUUACUUGUUGAUGUUGGAUGUUGAUAGUUUGGUUUGGAGCUUUAGGAAGACUGCUGGGCUGCCUACGGUUGGUACCGCGUAUGGCGGGUGGGAGUCCUCGGAUCAAGAGCUUCGUGGUCAUUUCGUAGGGCAUUACUUGAGUGCUACAGCUCAAAUGUGGGCAAGCACGGGGAACGAUGCACUAAAACAAAAGAUGACAUCAGUAGUAUCUAUACUCGGUGAGUGUCAAGAACGUCUGAGCAAUGGCUACCUCUCGGCUUUCCCGUCUGAGUUUUUUGACCGGUUUGAAGCUAUUCAACCCGUUUGGGCUCCAUAUUACACCAUCCACAAGAUAAUGGCAGGGUUAGUUGACCAGUAUGUUUUGGCUGGAAACAAUCAAGCUCUUAAAAUGGUGACUCAAAUGGCGGAUUAUUUCUUCGAACGCGUGCAAAACGUGAUCAAACAGUACACUAUUGAACGACACUGGCGCUCGUUAAAUGAAGAAACGGGUGGAAUGAAUGAUGUCUUGUAUCGGCUCUACACCAUAACAGGAGAUAGUAAGCAUUUGUUGUUGGCUCAUCUGUUUGACAAACCGUGUUUUCUCGGGCUGUUGGCUAUAAAGGCGGAUGAGCUAGCCGGUUUCCAUUCCAACACGCAUAUUCCAAUUGUUGUUGGAUCACAAAUGCGGUAUGAAAUUACCGGUGAUCCUCUCUACAAGGAAAUCAGUAUGUUCUUCAUGGAUACUGUGAACUCUUCUCACAUGUAUGCUACAGGAGGGACAUCAGUUAGUGAGUUCUGGUCGGAACCAAAACGACUAGCGACUACCUUGCAGACGGAAAACGAAGAAUCAUGUACCACCUAUAACAUGUUAAAGGUUUCUAGGAACUUGUUUAGAUGGACCAAAGAGAUCGCGUAUGCGGAUUACUACGAACGCGCUUUGACUAACGGUGUCUUAAGUAUCCAAAGAGGGAAAGAACCCGGGAUUAUGAUAUACAUGUUGCCGUUAGGCCCGGGCAUGUCGAAAGCUACCGGAUAUCAUAAAUGGGGAACGAAGUUUAAUUCUUUCUGGUGCUGUUAUGGGACAGGGAUUGAAUCGUUCUCGAAAUUGGGUGAUUCGAUUUACUUUGAAGAAGCGGGAAAGGAUCCCGGGCUGUACAUUAUCCAGUAUGUAUCAAGCUCGGUUAACUGGAAACUUGGGCAGGUUGUUGUUGAUCAGAAAGUUACGCCCGUUGUGUCGUGGGACCCUCGCCUUCGUGUAACAACUACCCUCUCUUCAAAGAAGGAAGGAUCGUCGUCUAGUUUGAAUUUUAGAAUACCGUUUUGGACAACGUCAAGUGCGAAAGCGACGCUUAAUGGUCAAAAUAUCCCUAUAACAUCUACAGGUACAUUCUUAACCGUCACAAAAAAGUGGAGCUCGUCUGACGUUAUUACCCUUGAACUGCCAAUCACACUAAGAACCGAAGCUAUUCAAGAUGAAAGAUCUGAAUAUGCAUCUCUUCAUGCAAUUCUAUUCGGACCCUAUCUUCUCGUCGCCUUAACAACAGGUGAAUCCGACCUAAAACCGGAUUCCAAUUCCCUUUCCGACUGGAUCACUCCGAUUCCAUCAGAUUACAAUUCCCAAUUAAUCUCCCUUUCUCAACAAUCCGGUAACAACACCUUUGCUCUUGCCCAAUCAUCCAAUUCCAUCACAGCAAUCCAAUUUCCAGACCCCGGAACCAGCAAUUCCGUCUUCGCAACCUUCAGAAUCAUCCCAACCGAUCCCACAACUCGUGUGUCCUCCCGCAACGAUGUCAUUAACAAAACUGUCAUGUUAGAACCGUAUAUUCUCCCUGGAAUGGUAAUUGUAAACCAAGGAAAAGAACAGAGUCUCGGAAUUGGCGAUUACCGUGAUAACCGGAAUGCGGUAUUCCGGUUUGUGGAGGGAAACCAAGGGAUGGUUAGAUUGGAAUCUGAAAGCCAGAAGGGUUGUUUUGUGCAUAGUUUGAAUGGAACAGUGAAGCUGAGCUGUGGUGGUUCUGAAUCGGAAUCGGAUUCCGGGUUUGUGUUAGCGACGAGUUUUAAGGUGAAUGAUGGAAUCUGUAAUUACCAUCCGAUUAGUUUCGUCGCUAAAGGGUUGAAUAUGAAUUAUCUUCUGCAGCCGUUGUAUAGUUUGAGAGAUGAGCACUAUACAGUUUAUUUUAAGAUUCACUCUUGAUUUGUAAGAGUGUGAAAUUACAGAAAUGACCCUUUAGAGAAAUGGAUUGGAGGUUAAAUUGGUUAAUAUGUUGGUGCAGUAUAUAUGCAUUUAUUGGUGUACACUGUGACUGUUUCUAUUAUGGAUCAUUAUUGAAUAGUGGUUUAUGCUUCAAAAGAUAAAUGUUAUGAUUUUUAUUUUGGUUGUUUUAAGAGUUUUGAAUUAAUUUGCA